UCUAGUCGAUAAUGUUGAAUUUACGAUGAAUGAAUGAUAAACUCAAACAUUCUGCUUAAAAUUCAAACUGUAAAAGAAUAUCAUUAUCACCAAUCAUUAGUUUUUUCCAUUUCAGCAACACAUGCAACCUGUGCAAACAAUUUGCGCGAAACUACCAUACCAACAUGUGCUUUUCUCCUAUAAAAGCACGUGCAAACGCGUAUCCGUCUUUUAGUACUAUUUUCACAAUCAUGGCAGCGUUCGGUUUGAUAGUGUUGCUUUUGGUGAAUUGGAGUUUUAAUUUCAACUCAAUUUAUGGACUACAAUUAGGUCCAUUCAUCAUACCAUCUUUUGAUAAUGGCGGUGCUUUAGGAUUUUCAAGCAGCCUUCUGAGUGCAUCAAUCGAUCCACAAUCGAGACGCAUUUCAUUCGAAGCUCAAGCUCCCCAGCAGAGCAGCAGUAGUGGAUCGUCAUCCCCAUCGGUAUCGAGCUUAAUCGAGCGGUUUACCAAUCCGUUUGCUAGUUUCCUGCCUAGUCAAACGAAUGCACUUCCCUUUCAAAUACCAUCAAUAUUGCCUUCAGCACCAUCGAGUGUACAAAUUCCGGGAGUAUCGGAAUUUACCAACAUUUUACGUUCGUUUAGCAACGCUAUUCCCGAUGGUGUUAAUCGCAUUCAAAAUGCAGCCAACGAUUUCCAAAAUAUUGCUACAAACGCUUCUCGGACUAUCUUCAACCCAUCCGCAGUUCUUGACCAAUUUGCUAGGUUUAUUCCAACAACCGGACAACGCGCUUCACUAUUUCCUAACGUUGCAAGUGCAUGGAAUGCUAAUCCUGUGCAGAGUGGCUUCAAGCUGGCAUCGAAUGCGGAAGUGAACUUCUCGUCGGAAAUUGAUGAAACUCCCACACAGAGUCGCAGUUCGCUUGCCAACAUUAUACCCGGAGCUAUAUCUAGGUUGUCCAGUAUCCCGAACAUUUUGGCUCGCGAGGAUUCCAGCUCUCCCGUAAAUCAUAACGAUCCUCACUAUUAUCCCGGACGUCACGUCAUGGUACAUCUAUUCGAAUGGACAUUUAACAAUAUUGCCCUGGAGUGUGAGCAAGUUCUCGAACCAGGCGGAUACGGUGGGGUGCAGGUAUCACCAGUUAAUGAGUACGCGAUUGUACCGAACCGUCCCUGGUGGGAAAGGUAUCAGCCCAUUUCGUACAAGAUCAACUCGCGAUCAGGCAAUGAACAACAGUUUGCAUCUAUGGUACGCCGUUGCAAUAAUGCCGGUGUGCGUGUCUAUGUGGACAUAGUUGUCAACCAUAUGGCAGCUCCUGGUAGUAGUGUUCCACUGCACGGUACUGCAGGAUCGUCAAGUGAUCCUGCCAAUAGAGACUAUCCAGCCGUACCGUAUAAUCGAACCCAUUUCCAUUCGGAUUGUACCAUCCAGAACUAUCAGAAUGCAACGAAUGUGCGGGACUGUGCCCUGAACGGUUUACCAGAUUUGAAUCAAGCGGAACCGUAUGUGCAGGAUCGUAUCGUUACGUUUAUGAACCAACUGAUCGAUCUCGGAGUAGCUGGUUUUAGGAUGGACGCAAGCAAACACAUGCAACCGGAAGAUUUGAGCGCUAUCUAUCACCGCUUGAAUUUCCUGAAGGUCGCAUUUGAUUUUCCAAUGAAUGCCGCCCCUUUCAUCUACCAGGAAGUGAUCGAUCUUGGCAACGAAGCUGUAACUGCCUCCCAGUACACCGCUCUUGGGGAAGUGACCGAGUUUAAGUAUUCUCUCUUUAUCGGACUUAUUUUCCGUGGCACACUGGAUGCAUCCGCAUUGCAGAUGUUUACCAAGAAUAAUGCAACUCAGAUCGGUCUCAUACCCUCAGAAUCGGCCCUAGUGUUUGUUGAUAACCACGAUAAUCAGCGUGGUCACGGAGCAGGUGGUGAUUCGAUACUUACCUUCAAGGAUGGUUCAAAGUACGUCCAAGCAAUCGCAUUCACCCUGGCUACUGAUUAUGGUACUGUGCGGCUAAUGAGUUCCUACAACUUUACCGACACCAAUCAAGGACCUCCUGCAGACGGGCGGGAAAAUAUCUUAUCACCCGGUAACCCAACCAAUGAUGCUUCCUGCCAGAAUGGAUGGAUUUGUGAGCAUCGUUGGCCAGUGGUAAGACGCAUGGUUAGCUUUCGGAGUUUAGUAGCACCGGCACCGCUUACGAAUGUUCAGUUUACGAGUGGAACCUUUGCCUUCUGUCGUGGAAGUGUUGGAUUUGCGGUAUUUAAUGCCGGUAUAAAAACCUAUGACGGUGUGUGGAAGACGUGCCUUCCUGCGGGCGAGUAUUGUGAUAUCAUUUCCGGUGAACGAGUUGGUUCGGAAUGUACUGGAACUCGUGUUCUUGUAAGUGCAGAUGGCACGGUUAGCUUAACACUUCCAGCAUUCUCUAGCGUUGUGCUUGAUUUAAUCAGACGUGUUUCUUGAGUACAAAAUGUUCAAGUGACUAACAGGAGAUUAUGAAUUCAAGAA